AUGCCUGGUGACUCAGUUACUAUAGAAGGUUUUGCUGGGGAUUUCAGACCAGGAACAUCGAUGAAGAUCUACUAUCAACUUUCAGGCGGAACUCCUCAAUUAAUUAAUAACUUUGUUUCCAAUGCAAAUCUAGUUACAGAUACAUUUAGAUUCACAAUUAAUGUUCCAAACGAAGUUACACCACAAUCAUUGCGAAUAUGGUCAGAUGUUGAUGGAAAUACAGCAGCAAUACUCAAUACAGGAUAUAGUGUUAUUAAUCUCAGACCAACACUUAAGAUUACAAAUAAAGUGAAUCAACGAUAUUACAACCGCAGAUUCAUUGAUCUUGAAGUUACAGUUUGGGAUAACACUCGAGUCAUGCUUUGGUAUUGUAUCGAUGGUGGUAGAGAAAUUAAUCUUACUGACUAUAUUGAUUGUAAUGGUGUUGCUCAAAACAUUGAAACUCAAAUCGAACUUCCUCCAGGUGCAUAUGAAUUCGGGUCGCAUAAAAUGUAUAUCUUUGUUAGAGAUGAAUUUGGAGCAGAAUCAGCUGAUACACCAUAUGACUUUGUUCUUUAUAACCAAAAUGCACCAGACAUGGUCAUUAUCAGUGUUGACACUGUUGAACAAUAUGAAACCCAAGAUGUUGUUCUUUUACAAGGUAAAGUCAUAGAUCUCGAUGUCGGAGAUAAGAUUUCUGUCAAUUUCCAGUUAAAUAGACAAGGAUAUUCAGAAAUAUACAAGACAAUCGCUACAGGUGAGUGGCAAUUCUUCAAUUAUACUUUCACAGUUCCUAAGAAUGAUGGACUUCUUGUUGUCACAUUCCAAGCCAAAGAUAAUUGGACAGCUGCAUCAAGAAUAUCAAGACAUAACUACAAAGUUCGUCGUACUAGCGGAAUAUCCUUUAGAACAUCUCUUCCAUCAUAUGCAGAACCAUCUCUUCAGAUUGAAAUCAACGGAUAUUACACCAGAUCAUCAAUUCCUCCUCAGACAAAAGUCCGGUUGCGAGGUCAGUUUGAGAAUUCAGGAACAAGAUUUUACAUUGAUGUAUACACAUUGCAUAACUCAAUGAGUGACAAAGAUUUCAAAUGGAAAUUCACCAUUCCAGAUGAUAAGGGAACUGGAAAUCUUCUGAUUGAUAUUGUCAAAGAAGAAAAUGAAACUGAAGUUUUUGGAAGUUUCAACUUAACAGUCAAUUCAAAACCAACAUUGAAGAUAUUAAAUAGUCCUUCUGAAAGAUAUUCAUCGCAUGCAUUUAUUGGUCUCGAUCUUGAAGUUAAUGAUGAUAGCAAAGCAAACAUAAGAUAUCGAAUAGAUGAUGGCAAUGAAAUCAACUUAGCUGAUUUCAUUGAUUUAAAUAACCAAAUACAAACAAUUAGAAAGCAAAUUGAAAUCAAACCACGUGAUAUCUCAUACAUGAAACACACUAUUUACAUUUAUGCAGUAGAUGAAUUUGGUUUAUCUUCAAUCGAAUCUAACUUCAGUUUCUUCUAUUACAAAGCAAAUUCACCAGAGUUGAGACUUCUUAAUUAUGAUGAUAUUCAGGAUAAAACAUUUUAUUUAACAGAUAGUAUUGAUAUGAAAUUACUAGUUAAUGAUGCUGAUCUUGAAGAUGAUCUCACUGUUCGAAUGAGAUUUGAUUUUGACAAUUUCAAAGAUAUUCAUACAUGCUAUUCAAACAACAGAAAUAUCUGCAGCAACUUCACUUCAUCAAUAAAUGUUCCUAAAGCUGUUGGAAAGCAUGAAAUUGUCCUUCAAGCAUUCGAUAACAUGAAUUUCUCAUCAAAAGAUGUUUUACUUCAAUUUAACGUCAUAAAACACAAUGUUGUUCCGGCAAGAACAUUGCCUCCUUACCCAGUUCCCUCUUAUCUCCCAGAGCAUUACACAGGACUGAGGACAUACAGGAUGUUCAACACUUCAACACAAAUAAUGACAACAGAUAUAAACGGUGAUCCAUAUGUUACAUACACAUACAUAGAACAACUCAUCGAAAUUGAAGUUGUGGCCGAACAAAAUGCAACCUCCGAAUCAGUUGCAAUUGGAUUCUUAGAGACCAAAUUUGGCAAAUACAUUCUAUGGCCAAUCAUUGCUGCUGCUAUUCUUAUCAUCACCAUAACUGCAAUCCUUAUUUUCAUAUAUUUGAAGAAGAAAGAGAAAGAAAGUUCAUCAACAGAAGUUAAUGAUCAGAUGGAGAUGGAAGCAGAAACUAUCCAAUUCACAAAGACUGAAGAAAAUAUGACUACAAAUGAUAAUCCUUUGUACAAUGUCUCAACAGCUGAUGAUCCUUUCCAUGCAGAUUUCGAAGAAAAUGAUAGGAUGACAGGAGUCAAAGAUGAUGGCAUUGUUGAUCUAUCAUCAGGAAAUGACAAUGAUGAUGAAGAUAUAUGCAAUAUUCAAUUAUAA